AUGUGGAUGGGAAAGGGAGAGGGACAGUUAAGGAGGGUUGUGUGGGGAAAGAGACAGGGAUCAGGAAAGAGAGAGAGGGAUGGAAAAGGGAGAGGGAUAGGGGAAAGGAAGAGGACCGGGCGUGGGACAGUUGGAUGGGGAAAUGGUGAGGAAUUGGGAAAUGGAUCGGGAUUCGAAAAGGUGGAGGAAUUUGGAAAAAAAAACGGAAUGGGGGAAAUGAAGGUGAUGGGAAAAGGGAGAGGAGUGGGGAAUGGGACAGAAAUGGGUAAAGUGAGAAUGAUGAGAGGAAAGAGAGGGAUAAAACAAAUAAGAGGGAUUGGGAAAGAUCGAUGGAUGUGGAAAUGGAGAAGAAUGGUGAACGGGUGGGGAAUGGGGAAAGGGAUAUGGAUGGUUAGGGAAAUGGACUGGAAAAGACAGAGUGAUAGGGAAAAGGAGAUUGGUGCGAAAAAGAAGAGGGAUGGGAAAGGGUGA